AUGCUUAUAAUAACGCCCUUGUCAGAGUUGCAAGACAAGUUCGAGACUUCCAAUUUCCUGGUUGUUCAAGUGCAUGGCAAAAUUUAUGGUGGUUUUCUCUGGUUUAUCAAUGUGUUUGAUCUCACCAUUGAUGAUCCUAUAGCUAUUGAAUAUUACAUCUCAUACCUCUUGAUAAAUAUUCAAGGAUACAAAGCAAAAACUGUGCAAGCAGCAAUUCAAUUCUUUGCUAACCUUGAUGGCAAACCCAUUACCAUCUCUGCCUCCUACUCUAAGGUUAAAAAAGGUGUACUGAAACUUUAUACACUCUCGGAUAAAGUUUCUCUUCAAAGAGAUCCAAUUACAGUCAAACAUUUGACUGAUUAUGUGAAGUGCAAAGACAAAGUGGACAAUUUCACUUUUCGACUCACUUCUGCUAUUCUAGUGGUUGGUUUCAGACUAUUUGCAAGACCUGGUGAGGUUGCGCGCUUAAAAUGGUCCUAUAUCAAGGUUCUCAAGAAUGGAAAAAUCAAAAUUGACCUCAGUGGUCACAAAACUGAUUUCUUCCUUAUUGAAAAACCAAUUACUAUUGACAAGAAUACAAAGAAUCCAAGUCUUUGCCCAAUAACCCUACUAAAUUCGUAUAUGGAUUUGGUUCGUGAAUUUAAAGAUGACGAUUCUCCUUUGUUUUCCUACGAAAACAACAAAUUCCUUGAUUCAAAUGAUAUUUCUAAGAUACUCAAGAAUGCGGUGGGUAUGGUUGACCAAGAUGUGAGAGUUUCUGGGCACAGCAUUAGAAUUGGAGCCAUCACAGAAGGACUUAGAAAAGGUGUUUCUACUUCAGAUCUCAUGGUUGGUGCAAGACAUAAGAAAACCAACAGUUUAUUUCCUUAUCUACGAUCUGAGGGUCUUGCUGGCAAGAAUUUCACAGACACCUUAUUUUCUCUGGACUAA